AUGAGCUAUCUUCUCGACUUCCAGCACGCGUUGGUCAGCGUUGUUACCACCGACGGCAGGCUCUUUGUGGGUCGCUUGGAGGGCUACGACUUGGCCACAAACCUCCUUCUCGCCCACACACACGAGAUGGUUGUGUCGCCCGACGGCACUGAGGUGCUUCCCUUGGGGCUUUUCAUGCUUAGAGGCUCCACUGUCGUGUGUUGCGGCUUGCUUGACGAGGACCUCUACGCGAAGAUCGACUGGGCUACGGUAAAAGGCCAACCACUCAAAAGCACCAAAAACUCGUACUGA